AUGUCCUCGAUGCGUGGCGGUCAUCAAUAUCCACAAGGAUCAAGACCUAAUGAUCAACCUAUGAACUAUGUAAACAAUCAAACAAAUCAAAAUUAUUCAAUCCCACAAAAUCUUUAUGUUGAACGUCGUUCAACAAAUCCUGCAUUAACUACACCAGUAAAUCGAACACAAUAUCAUAAUACAAAUACUUCGAAUACAUCAAUUCCACAAAAUCUUUACGUUGAACGACGUUCAACAAAUCCAGUACCAAUGACUCAAUAUAAUCAACCGCAAUAUGUUGAACCAAAGAAUCCAAAUCUUGGCUUUCAAAAUGCUCGUGCUAUUCAAUCUCAAGCAUCAGGUAUGUACCAUCAGAAAAGUUCUGGAACACCAUCAAGAAAUGUAAAUUCAGCAUUAACAAUAAAUCCAUCUGUACCAUCACAAUCACCAUAUGCAACACAUGGCAGAGAAAGUGCUUUCGCUAAAAAAGAAACAUUUGGAGAAAUUGAUGAUUCACCAAUAAUUGAUCCAAGUGCAUUUCGUUAUUUAAAUUUGACUGAUAAAACACCACCAAAGAAAACAUCUUCAGCUGCGAAUGAUAGUGGCAUUGAUUCACGACCCAUCAUUAAUCUUGAUGCAGUUACACAAUUAGAAAAACGUCGACAGCAACAAAUUGAAAAGAAUAAUCGAUUACGUGGUGAUGAUGGCACAGGAUCAGGUAUUGAUGGAAGACCAAUUGUUGAUGCUAACGCAUUUCGUCAUAUUGAAGCAAAGAAAAUUAACAAUAAAGAUAACGAACAACAAGGUCAAGGUGUUGGUAGUGGAAUUGAUGAUAGACCAAUAACUAAUCCUGGUGCCUUCAAAUAUUUGGAAAAUAAACGUGAAAAUAAACAAGGAAAUACUUCGAAUGAAUCUGCUAUUGAUACUCGACCAAUAAUAAAUCCUGAUGCAUUUAAAUAUUUAGAAAAACGACGAGAAACUGCAGUAAAAGGUAAUGAUGAAAGUGGUAUCGAUUAUAAACCAAUUGUUAAUCCGGAUGCUUUUCGUUAUUUGGAACAACGUGCUACUCCACCUCGUCGUAAUAUUGAAUCAGGUAUUGAUACAACACCAAUCGUUAAUCCAAAUGCAUUUCAAUAUAUUGAACGGAAAGAUCCAAUAAGAUCAGAAAUAAUUGAAUCAUCUAUUGAUUAUCGUCCUAUUGUUAAUCCUAAAGCAUUUAAAUGGAUUGAGAAAAAAGAUGCCAAACCUCGUAUUGAUGAUGGACCUGAUGUUGACGAACGUUCUUAUAUUAAUCCAGAAUCUUUUCAUGCAAUUGAUCGUCGUCCAGGAAAACAAAGUGAUGUAUGUGAAUCAGAAAUUGAUACACGUAGUUUUAUACUUGAUAAAAAUCCAAAAGCUCUUGCUCAUCUUGAACGUCAAUCAUCAUAUCCAAUAAAUGAUAAAGUAGAAAGCGGCGGCAUUGAUCAACGAUCUUAUGUUAAUCCAAAUGCUUUUAAAUAUCUUGAAGGUAGUCGUGAAGAUUCACCUAAAAUUACUGUACAUACAUCAAGUGGUCCAACAAUUGAUACAAAAUCUUAUGUAAAUCCAGAUUCAUUUCGUCAUCUUGAAGGUCGAGAAAGACCAAGAACAAAUGAUGAUAAUAAUGAAGGAAUUGAUCAAACAUCAUUUGUACCAACAGCAGCUUUUCGUCAUUUAGAAUUUUCAGGUGAACGUACAAAUAAUGAACAAAAUGAUAAUUCACCAUAUGGACACACAGACCUUUAA